AUGUGGAACCCUGCUAUCUUCUCUAGCUCCAGUCAAUGGGAUAUUCCGGGAGCAUUAAUCGUGAACGGUAGGUGGGCUGCAGGGGAUUUCAACUCUAUUACAUUUGGAAAUGAAAGAGUUGGAAGGGGUUUACAAUUCUCGACUAGGGAUAUGCAGGCUUUCGAUAACUUCAUUAGGGCAAAUGAUUUGGUGGAAAUCAGGUUACAAGGAAGGACGUUUACGUGGUACCAACCCAAUGGGCAAUGCAAGUCGAAGCUGGACCGAUUCUUGGUUAAUGAUAAAUGGUUGGAGGUUUGGCCACAGACAAAAGCGAGAGGUCUUCAACGGACAAUCUCAGACCAUUGCCCGAUCCUGAUGGAAACAAAAGUUAUGGACUGGGGCCCUAAACCAUUUCGUUUUAUCAACGCGUGGACCAGCCACCCAGACUUUGAGGAAGUAGUAAGAGAGUCGUGGAACAGAAGCGGCAUUAGAGGCUGGAGUUGCUUCGUUUUUAAAGAAAAAAUGAAGAGAUUAAAGAACGACCUCAAAAAGUGGAACAAGUCGACGUUCGGAGUGAUCGACGAGAAUAUUGAAUCCUUGAGAGAUGAAAUACAAAAAUGGGACAAUAUUGAUGAUACUUUUGGGCUGCAGGAAGAUGACAUUAUCAAGAGAAAUGAAGCCGGGGCCAAACUGAUCAUGCAAUUGAAGAACAAAGAUAGUUUACUCUCCCAAAAAGCAAGAACUCGAUGGCUCUUAGAUGGGGACGUUAACAGCGGAUUUUUUCACAAGGUGAUCAGAGGAAGAAGGCUCAAGAAUGAGAUUUCCCAUUUGGGUGAAUGGAAGCUGGAUCGAGGAACCAUCAGAGGUUAA